AUGUUCGAGCUUUCGAGGGCGCACUUCACGCGCGGAAGGAAGAAUGCAGAGACGGUGGCUGAUUCCAACGAUGCUGGGCCCAUUCUAGGUCGAGAACUCGGAAACCGCAUAAGAAGAGGACAAGUAACAGUCAACCGCCAGAACCCCGCAUUCGCAGGGGAAUGCGUAUCUUCGCCUUUUCUUAGGGUUCUGGUCUGUGGACAACAUGAUGACAUUUUCACGGAAGGUGUCUCUCCUGGAUCUUCUACCUCUAAGGCCCUCUCAAUGAGCAGCUGCAGCCUUGGGGAUUUCACGGUAUCACAACAUACGCUGUUGUACAAAUAUGGUGCUUGUAUGGAAAAUUUGUGCAUGAGAAGGCCAUGGACUCGGUACUGGAGUAUUGCCGAUCAUGCCGAUGCCCCGGGAGACCAACUGGGCAACAUGAAGGGUAUGAAAAAUCAGCUGGGAAAUUGCCGUAAGCGGAGUAGCCAUGGUUAUAUUCGACUACCCCUCACAGUGAAGUUCCAGGCACAAACACCAAGCGACGAAUGUCGAAAUUGGGGAGGGGCUGCUCCGACGGCGGUGUCGUCGGUUUUCGGGCACCCUCAACUAACGGAUGGUACUGGUGGUGGCGGCAAUAUGGAUUGA